CCGUGCAUGGCCGUACCGGGCCGAGCCGAGCCGUGCCGUGCCCGCCAUGGCCAUCGCGCACAUCGCCACCGAGUACGUCUUCUCCGACUUCUUGCUGAAGGAGCCGUCGGAGACGCGGUACAAAGGGCUGCGGCUGGAGCUGGCGCUGGAUAAGAUCGUCACCUGCAUCGCCGUGGGGCUGCCGCUGCUCCUCAUCUCCCUCGCCUUCGCCCAGGAGAUCUCCAUCGGUGCUCAGAUAAGCUGCUUUGCACCCAGCUCCUUCUCCUGGCGACAGGCUGCUUAUGUGGACUCCUACUGCUGGGCAGCUGUGCAGCAGAAGCAACCAUCCCAGAACAACUUAGAGAACAUCCCUCUGUGGCUGCAUAAAUUCUUCCCAUACAUCCUUCUGCUCGUCGCUAUCCUGCUGUAUCUCCCAUGUUUGUUCUGGCGCUUCACAGCAGCACCUCACCUUUCUUCAGACCUCAAAUUCAUUAUGGAAGAACUUGACAAAGCCUAUAACAGGGCAAUCAAAGCUGCUAACAGCAUCCACAGCGGAGACCCCAGGGAGCCCGCUGACUUGGUUCCAGCUGUUAAUGAGAACUUAACACAGAGUUUGUGGGAAAUAUCCGAAAGCCACUUUAAAUACCCGAUUGUGAGGCAGUACCUGAAAACAAAGAAGAAUUCAAGCUUAAUAGUUAAAUACAUUAUCUGCCGUUUACUCACACUAGUAAUUAUCAUCGUUGCGUGCCUCUAUCUGAGCUAUUACAUUAGUCUGUCCUCUUUGAGUGAUGAGUUCCUCUGCACCAUCAAAACCGGCAUCUUAAAGAAUGACACAUCUGUUCCAGAAGUGAUUCAGUGCAAGCUUAUUACUGUUGGUGUCUUCAAGGUACUCAGCUAUAUUAACCUGAUAAUCUACCUUCUAGUGAUGCCACUGGUAGUGUAUGCAAUGUUUGUUCCAUGGAGGUGGAAUUCAGGCAUUCUCAAAGUGUAUGAAAUCCUGCCAACUUUCGAUGUUCUGAAGCUGAAGUCAAAGGUUUUCGAUGACUUAAGCCUUUACCUCCUCUUUCUCGAGGAGAACGUGAGCGAACUUAAAUCAUUCAAAUGCCUCAAAGUGCUGGAGAACAUUGCAGUUUCUGAGAAGUUUGAUGUCAUGCAACUUUUGGUAAACCUCGGCACUAUUAAGACAGAUACCAUAGAUGGGAAGCCAGGGACAGCCGUGUUGGAGAAGCCUGAAGAAACAGCUCCGGAAGAGCUGGGAAAAAAUGCAACAGAGCUACAAGUUUUGACAGACCAUGAUGCAAGCGCAAACUCCAGUCCCAGAGAAGGUAAAAAGCUUCGCCAAAGACUCUUAGACUCUUCAUGCUGAUGCUUCCCCCGCCGCAGCAGGCAGGAGCAUCGUGCUGCAGGGGGGCUUCUCCUCCACCUCCGCUGUGCUGAACACAAGGUGCUGCUCUUUGGAUGCAGCCUUCUCCAUGGCCUCGCAGUUCUGCAGAGGCCAAACUGGUUUACAGACUGCUUGUGUAAUAAUCAGCAAUCACAUACCUGAAAAAGCAUGGUGUGGACUUUCACUGCUUAUUGAAAGAAACCAACCACGAAACACGCAAGGAGCAACAAGAACAAGAGAUGUCUAUCUUGAGAAACAAGUGACAUGCAUUGAAUGCAAUCAAAGCUGGCAGCAGGAAAGAGCUAGCACUAUAUUGUAAGGGAAGAGGGAAACAUAACCCUGUAGGUAACAACAUUAGAUGGCCACUUUGUCUUCUGAAGUGUUGCUCUGCUGGGAGCAGCCAUCUCAGUUCUGGUGUGUAAGUGAAGCAUCUUGGGGCUCUCUGCCCUGGAAAAUGGGUUUCUUUCUUGGUUUUUAAUGACUAUGGUUAACUGGUACCAGGUGGUGGCUGGCCUCUGAUACUGGUUCUGUCCUCACAGGAGACAUAGACAUAGCUCAGUUCAAUCAGAUGUCUUGGUUAGCUCAAGUAAUGCGUGGGACUAAUUACUUGGCUCUGAUAGGAAAGAAACUACAAGCAGGCUUAGUAUAAGGGGGCACUGUAAAUGUUGGUGAUUUUGAAUUCUUUAUGGAUUCAUAAAUUAAUGAUGUCUUAACACUUUAAUUUUCACAAAAUGUAAUGAUACUUCAGCUAAAUAUUUAAUUUCUAUUUCUCAAUUAUUUUGGCCUUAGUGGCUAAAAAAAUCCACCUUGGAGUUUACACUGAAGAUCAUUGAAGUUGGUUCCAUUUUGUGAUGGUUUGCACAAGUUUUGUAGCAUUUCCAUGUGGUUUUAGUAUCAAUUGCAAUAUUAGUUGUGCUGUUCUCCAAACCCCACUCAAGAAGACAGUCAUUUGUAUUACAGUGGCACCCGAGUGCCUCAGCAGAGCCAAAAUGAGGUAGAUGUAAAUAUGACAAAAGGUUGUUCUCCCCACAUAUCCUGUGACUUGAUUUUAGUUAAGAUGCUGAAGUGGAUUGGAACCGACAAUAGAAAGGGAAGCACUGGAAAACUCUCCUGGUUUGCUGUUGGACAGUUUUGGGAGAGCAGCAUUCAGUUUUAAUGUCUUCCCCCUGCCCAGGAUCUCUACCUUCAAUGAACAUUAAAAUGAGCUUUGUCUUGAAUUUUGGGUACAAAGGUGGGGAUGUGGGUUCUGUAUUGUCCAUGUAAUGUUUCACCUGCCACCUCUUCAGAGCUGUCUUUUUAGACACAGUAGCACCUCUUUUAUAGCUAGGUAGGAGUUCCAUUUUCUGGUUCAUCUGUGUCACCCGCUGUUGUGUUCUCAACUGUCAACAUCCUCCAUAGGGCUGAGGAUGAGGGGGAAAAGAAGUAAUUGGUGCUACUGUCUCUGCACAGGAGUGUUUAUAUGCUGCAGUAGACUUCAAAGAGGUAGUGUACCUACUUGGAUUUGGCAGCCACUGUUAAAAUGGAUCCCAAAGUGCUGUCAUACCAUAGUUUCAGUGAGUAUUACAAGAACUCUUCAGUUAUUAUAUGGCUUUCAGCUAAGACAAGCCUUACUUAAAAGAGAGCCUUAAAAGCCAUAGUAUUAUGCUACGUCUGCAUAGGACAGUAGCAGAGCUGCAGUCUUGAUGUCUGUUGCAUUACCAGCAAGAAACAGGGCUUGUGUUGGACACUGGUGGUCCAAAGGGCUCAAUUUUACUGCCAUACUUCUCACAUCAAAGCUUCAACCCCUCUGACCUUUACCAGGACGUUUCUGCCUGGCUGUGUUGUGAUGCUGAUGAUCCUGUAUAUGUGGGUAAUGCAGAUGCAUGUUGUGCACUGUGUGUUUUGAACAAGGAGUGAUAGUGCAAUACUAGGGGUUUGUGAUGUGGCUGUGUUAGAAGGGUUUGAUGUAAGUAGAGUUCUCAGUCUCUAAACCUCGAAAUUCCUGAAGGCAACACGUUCAUCUUUCCUGUUGGAUAUGAACCUAACUUUUUACUAAUUCCCCUUUUGUAUUUAAAGCUAUGACUUGCUGCAGUGAAUCUCUUGUUGUCUUGUAAAGUGCUCAAUAAAAUAUGUAUCCAUUCUUCUUGGUUAUUUAAAUA